AGAUAAAGUCUUAUCAUCUUCUUUAGGCUUUUAAGAUGACUGCUGAAGUUAAGGUUGAGGAGAAACAGGUGGAGUCAGAGGUUGUUAUUGCUCCUGCUGUUGUUCCUGAGGAGACUACUGUGAAAUCUGUCGUGGAAGAGGAAGAAGUCAAAUCUGUUGAAGAAGAUGAGAGUAAGCCUAAGGGUGUGGAGAAGAGUGCUUCGUUUAAAGAAGAGAGUGAUUUCUUUGCUGAUUUGAAAGAAUCUGAGAAAAAGGCUCUGGGUGAUCUCAAGUCUAAGCUUGAGGAAGCUAUUGUUGAGAACACUCUCUUAAAGACGAAGAAGAAGGAGAGCUCUCCUGUGAAGGAGAAGAAGGAAGAGGUGGUGAAACCUGAAGCUGAGGUUGAGAAGAAGAAGGAAGAAGCAGAGGAGAAGGUUGAAGAAGAGAAGAAAUCUGAGGCUGUUCUUACCGAAGAAGCAGCGAAAGAUGAGACUGUUGAGGUGGUUGCUGCAGAGGAGGUAAUCCCCAAGGAAGAAGUGACGACUGUUGUUGAGAAGGUAGCAGAAGAAGAUAGUAAGGAAGAAGAAGAGAAGAAAACUGAGGAUGUUGUUACUGAAGAAGUGAAAGCUGAGACUAUCGAGGUGGAGGAUGAAGAUGAGUCAGUGGAUAAGGAUAUCGAGCUUUGGGGAGUGCCAUUGCUACCAAGCAAAGGAGCUGAAAGCACAGACGUUAUCCUCUUGAAGUUCUUGAGAGCAAGAGACUUUAAAGUCAAUGAAGCCUUUGAGAUGCUGAAGAAAACCCUCAAAUGGAGAAAGCAACACAAGAUUGAUUUGAUCCUUGGAGAGGACUUUGGGGAGGAUCUUGCCUCUGCAGCUUACAUGAACGGUGUGGACCGCGAGUCCCACCCAGUUUGUUACAAUGUCCACAGUGAGGAGGUUUACCAGACGACAUUUGGGUCAGAGAAGAACAGAGAGAAGUUCUUGAGAUGGAGGUUUCAGCUGAUGGAGAAGGGAAUCCAGAAGCUUAAUCUUAAACCAGGAGGUGUUACUUCUCUUCUCCAGAUCCACGAUCUCAAAAACGCUCCUGGAAUGUCAAGAACAGAUCUCUGGGUCGGAAUCAAGAAUGUAAUCAUGACUUUGCAGGACAAUUAUCCGGAAUUCGUGUCCAGAAACAUAUUCAUCAAUGUUCCAUUCUGGUUCUACGCCAUCAAUGCUGUCCUCUCGCCAUUCUUAACUCAACGAACCAAGAGCAAGUUUGUUGUGGCUCGUCCAGCUAAGGUCAAAGAGACUCUUCUCAAGUACAUUCCAGCUGAUGAGCUCCCAGUUCAGUACGGAGGGUUCAAAACAGAUGACGAUACCGAAUUCUCCAACGAAACUGUCUCUGAAGUUGUUGUUAAGCCUGGAUCAUCUGAAACCAUCGAAAUCCCAGCUCCUGAGACUGAAGGUACAUUGGUAUGGGACAUAGCGGUUUUGGGAUGGGAAGUGAAUUACAAGGAAGAGUUUGUGCCAACAGAAGAAGGAGCUUACACGGUAAUAGUCCAAAAGGUGAAGAAGAUGGGAGCAAAUGAAGGACCAAUCAGGAACAGUUUCAAGAACAGUCAGGCUGGUAAGAUUGUUCUUACGGUUGACAAUGUCUCUGGCAAGAAGAAGAGAGUUCUGUACAGGUACAGAACCAAGACUGAAUCCUCUUCCUGAAGUGGAGGCUUUCAAGUAGUCUCUGGAUAUAUAAUAUUCUUUUUCUAAAUUUUAAAAGUUUGGUGUUAUUAUUAUUUUUGAGUGAUAUGUGCGAGAAAGAGAUACUGCCAUUAUUUCAUUGAAAUUCAAUCUUUUGCUUCUUUGUUAUGACUUAUGAGAUAUUAUU